CAGGGCCCGACGCCGCCCAUUGGGUGGCGGGAGGGGGCGUGUUCCAGCGCCCGGCGAUGACAUAUUCUUCCAGCGCCACGUCGUGAGGAAGUGUCGAGCCACUGGAGCAGUCGGAAGGUUCCGGGUGGAGUGGAGCAGGUGCUGGGUUUAAGCGGUUACCGGGCUGGUGUCUUCUUGUUCUGGGCUCAUCCUCUGCCAGGGCAGCAGCUAUGUCAUGGAUCAAGGAAGGAGAGUUGUCACUUUGGGAGCGGUUCUGUGCCAACAUCAUAAAGGCAGGCCCAGUGCCCAAACACGUUGCCUUUAUAAUGGAUGGAAACCGUCGCUACGCCAAGAAGCGCCAAGUAGAGCGGCAGGAAGGCCACUCACAGGGCUUCAACAAGCUGGCUGAGACUCUGCGCUGGUGUUUGAACCUGGGCAUCCUAGAGGUGACGGUCUACGCGUUCAGCAUUGAGAACUUCAAACGCUCCAAGAGUGAGGUAGACGGGCUAAUGGAUCUGGCCCGGCAGAAGUUCAGCCGCUUGAUGGAAGAACAGGAGAAACUGCAGAAGCAUGGGGUAUGCAUCCGGGUCCUGGGCGAUCUGCAUUUGUUGCCCUUGGAUCUCCAGGAGCUGAUUGCACAGGCGGUACAGGCCACCAAGAACUACAACAAGUGUUUCCUCAAUGUCUGCUUUGCAUACACGUCCCGUCAUGAGAUCAGUAAUGCUGUGAGAGAGAUGGCCUGGGGAGUGGAGCAAGGCCUGCUGGACCCCAGUGAUAUUUCUGAGUCUCUGCUUGAUAAGUGCCUCUAUACCAACCACUCCCCUCACCCUGACAUCUUGAUCCGGACUUCUGGGGAAGUGAGGCUCAGCGACUUCUUGCUCUGGCAGACCUCCCACUCCUGCUUGGUGUUCCAACCCGUUCUGUGGCCGGAAUACACAUUUUGGAACCUCUGUGAGGCCCUCCUGCAGUACCAGAUGAACCAUAGCAUGCUCCAGCAGAAGGCCCGAGACAUGUAUGCAGAGGAGCGGAAGAGGCAGCAGCUGGAGAGGGACCAGGCCGCAGUGACAGAGCAGCUGCUGCAAGAGGGGCUCCAGGCCAGUGGGGACGCCCAGCUCCGACGGACACGCUUGCACAAACUCUCAGCCAGACGGGAAGAGCGGGUCCAAGGCUUCCUGCAGGCCUUGGAACUCAAGCGGGCUGACUGGCUGGCACGUCUGGGCACUGCAUCAGCCUGAGUGGGGCUGGCCUCCUGCCACUUUGCCCUGCCCUCUGCCUCCAGGGCCCCACUCCCCUUUCUUUUCUUGGUGAAAGGCACCUCCUUCCUAAGGAUGAACUGUGUUUCCUUUACUUUGCAAGGGAGCCCCAGAGGCCAGGUCUGCUGGCCAGAGAGAGAUACCCCUUUUGGGCCGCCCGGGACAGUGGCCCCUGGGGAGGACUGAGGGGAUGGCCUCCCACAAGUACACUAAACCCAGCUCUGGUCACCUGUAGCUUUGGAGAGCAGGGAGCCCCAGUUCUUUGCUGCCCUCUCCUUCCGCCUCUGCCACCUCUACCACCUCUACCUGUGUUCUAGAUGCAUUUCACUUUUCCACCAGCACAUCCUUCAACAUAACAGAAUUUCAGGGAGGAGGUCUCCCCAAAACCCUGGCCCUUUACCCAUCCAUCUUAGCCUUCCACCCUACUUUCACAAAAGAUUUGGCCCCACCUUGGAUCUGCUGGUAAAUAGCUAAUAGGCAGCCAGCGUUAUUUGGGCAAGGGAGGGGAGGGAGAGACAGAAAGAAAAUUUGCCCAUCUGCUGCUCCUCCCCCUGGGCUCUCCACCUGGGAUUUGCUAUUGAAUCUCUACCCCCUCCCACCACACAGUGCUGAUUGCUCACUGAAAGGCUCAGCGCCCCCAAUGGCGCGCAGAAGCCAGGCGGGUGAUUACAAUCCAAUUACCUAUUGUCGACUCAGCCCACACAAGCUUUUCUCCUCCUCUUGCAGGGCACGGGGCCAGGCUCCACGCCCCUGUGCGACCAGCCCCCUUCAUGGCCACAGGGUAACCGGAGGGCCUCUAGGCCCUGGUGAAUCUAAUCCACCACAGGCCUCCUUCCCCGGAACACCUCACAGGACCCGGAGCAAAGGAACAAGCACUUCUCCCAACUGACUGACGCCUGUCCUCACCAUCUCAGACUCUGCUUCCCACCGCCUCAGCCUUUGAGGCUUCUCUGUUUUGGACCUGGCCCCUUAAGUCCCCCCGAGACGAUUUAUUCUCCGCGUGGCAGAGUCUCAGCUUGUUAGGGCCAGGGCUGCCCAGCAGGGAGAAGGCCAAGUCAAGGGCCGUGUCUUCUCCCUGCCAGGCCUUGCUUCGGAGCUGCUGAGAGGAUUAGUGCCUUUGAAGAGCUGUCUGCCUGAGCAACUCUGCUUCAGGUGCCUGGAGCAGCAAGCACCAGCCUUUAACACCGACCAAACACCACUCCGUUUAGCCUUCCCAUUUCACUUUCUGCGAACUGUUUCCCCAGCACCUCCCUCUAGGGGAGAGGUGGGGUCUUGCAAGCAGUGCUCAGAGCAUAGUCUUUAACCCCCCACUGCCCUGUAUUCCAGUCUCCUCUUCCCCUUCCUGUGCCAGUAUACCUGGCACAAGAGACCCCUUGGCCAUCAUCCCUGCUUCCAGAAUCAAACAAAUGCCAGACACUGCGAUUGAGAAGCCAAUCAAUGCACCCUUUGGCAAGCCCCCCACACACACCUGGCAUUCCCCACAACCAAUCCCUGGCACAGGGUUCCCAGAGAGCAGGUGCUGUACAUUUUCCAGCUUUACAAUGGGGCUGUUGACAGCCUUAAUUAGGGAGGCAUGAAUUAUGCGGCUAUAAUGCAGAGCCCUACAAUUAAGGCGGGAAUGAGGGGCUGGAGGCAACAAACGGAAUCUGCCCAGUGAGCAUGGCUAUUGAGUCCUGUCUCCGUUCUGUGUCUGACUUGCCCCAAUAUGAAUGGGGUACAGAUGAUUAACGGAGCUGGUAUCUCUUUGGCCUUAGGUCCUGUAUUCUGAGAAAGAUACACAGAGUGGGAUGGGUAGGGGUGGAGGGAUCACCACUGCCAAGGAGCAGGGGCUGCAAACAGUUGAUAUGAACUCAUUGUGAUUGUUUUCUACCGGUAGGAUUUGUACAAACCGGCUCAUCCUUUGCCUCAAGAAAUUAAGUGGGACCUAUUUAAAUGUCUCACCUGUGAGCCAAUCCCCCACUUGAGGAUAUUUAUUGUGUUCUCGUGUUCUCCUGGGUUUCAAAUAGAAUUUUAAAAAUUC